AUGGAGCAGGACAGCUCUCGGGAAUCCCCAUCGCAGGAAGGAUCUUCCUUGCCGGGAGAGCGGCCUUCCUCCGCCCUCGGACAGUCCCUCUCCCAGGUUUUGCACCGUCUUACCAGCCAGGAGUCCCGACGGGGCAAGGCCAGAAGUGCAGUAAUUCAGGACCUCGGUGCUCUAAUAGAAGCCACAGAAUGUGAUCAAUUAUUUGAGGAUAGUGGCACAUCGCCCCGCGGAAUGCCAGAGAUGCUGGGGCAGGUGGCAAAAGCCCUAGAGAAGUAUGCAGCCCCACCCAAGGAGCAGCAAGGUAGAGGUCAUGUCCACUCUGAAGUGGCCGAGAAAGCGGCAGCAGUUGGGGUACUGUUUCUUAAACUGUUGGGGAAAGUUGAGGCGGCCCAGAAUUCCUUGCUUUGUCCUACAUGGAAGAUAGGCCUACGUCACUUGGCAGGACCCAUCUAUAUUUUCGCGGUCACACACAGCUUAGAGCAACCAUGGACCAGCCCGAGAUCCCAUGACGUUGCUGGAGAGGUGCUCUCCUUACUCCUCCGAGUUACUCAGUGUGGUUCUGUGGCAGGAUUUCUGCACGGAGAAAAUGAAGAUGAGAAAGGGAGAUUUACUGUAAUAAUGGAGCUUCUCAAACCUGAUUUGAAUAAGGAAUCCUGGAAGAAAAACCCUGCCACCAAACAUGUUUUCUCAUGGACUCUGCAACAGGUCACCCGACCCUGGCUGAAUGAACAUCUGGAAAAGAUACUCCCCCCAUCACUGCUCAUCUCGGAUGACUAUCAAACCGAGAACAAAAUACUGGGUGUGCACUGCCUCCAUCACAUUGUGCUGAAUGUGCCGGCUGCUGAUUUGCUCCAGUAUAACAGAGCCCAGGUCCUCUACCAUGCCCUUUUCAACCACCUGUACACACCAGAGUACAACCUCAUUCAGGCUGUGCUCCUGUGUCUGCUGGAUUUAUUCCCCGUCCUAGAGAAAGGCCUGCACUGGAAGGGAGGUGCCGCUCGACCCACCACGCACUGUGAUGAGGUACUGCAGUUGAUCCUGACGCACAUGGAGCCGGAGCACCGCCUUCUCUUACGCAGGACCUACGCGAGAAACCUCCCAGCGUUUGUGAAGAGGUUGGGGAUUCUAAGUGUCCGGCACUUAAAGAGGCUGGAGCGAGUCAUCAUUGGUUAUCUGGAGGUUUAUGAUGGACCAGAGGAGGAGGCCAGAUUGAAGAUACUGGAAACUCUGAAACUGCUCAUGCAGUAUGCAUGGCCCAGAGUUUCCUGUAGACUUGUGGUCUUACUGAAGGCUCUCCUGAAACUGAUAUGCGAUGUAGCAAAGGAUCCAAACCUUACACCUGAGCCUGUUAAGAACACCUUAUUAGAGGAAGCCACAGAUUGCCUGAUUCUCCUGGACCACUGUUCUCAAGGACAGGUGAAGGGUCUCCUGGUCAGAAUUCUCCAAAGCUGUGAAGACAGCAAGGUGGUGAACUGUAUCAGAAAAGUGCAGCAGGUGUCUGAAGGCGCGUCCUGCGACGGAACUUAA